AUGGCGAAACACAUUCUGAAAAACAUAUGGGGACUGAGGACAUUCCUUGUUGUUGUUCUAGCACCCAUUCUGUUGCUUCCUAUUGUGUUUGUUGCUGAAGGCAAGGAGGCAAAAUGCGGCUACAUAAUCCUGUUAGUGGCCGUUUUUUGGAUCAGCGAGGCUUUGCCAAUUGCUGUCACAGCCCUGCUGCCUGUGGUCCUGUUUCCUUUGGUUGGAAUAGCGAGCGCUAAAGACAUAUCAACAGCUUAUGUUAACGAUACGUCAAUGUUAUUCGUAGGAGGUCUAAUCCUCGCGUAUGCUAUAGAGCAUUGGAAUAUCCACAAGCUUUUCGCAUUGCGAGUUCUGUUGUGGUUUGGAUCGGAACCCCACUGGUUGAUGCUUGGGAUGAUGGUUCCAACAUGUUUUCUCUCCAUGUGGAUAAGUAACACCGCUACCUCUGUUAUGAUGCUCCCAAUUGCCAACGCCGUUCUUUUACAGCUGAAAAAUAUCAAUAUAACGACCGAGGACACAGACACUGAAAAUGCUAAUCAAACCUCAUACCAAGACGUGCAUGUCAACACUGACUCGUGUACCAAAGUUGAAGUCAUUACAGCAGAAAGUGCAAGUGCUCUCGAUCAGGAAAAGCAUGCCGAUCAAAAUCACCUGCGGUUAUGCAAGGCUUUGUCUAUGUCGAUAUGUUAUGCUGCUAACAUAGGCGGUAUUGCCUCCCUUACCGGCACGGGCGUUAACGUCAUCAUGAAAGGUCAAACUGACAUACUUUUUCAGAAAUAUGAAGUUGAAAAUCCAGUAACGUUUGCUACGUGGAUGCAGUAUGGUGUUCCUAUCGCCGUUGUCUUGUUGUUAAUGUCUUGGAUCUGGCUAAUUAUAUACUUUCUUGGAUUUAGAUCAUUGUGCAAAAAACAGCCAAAGGAAACAUCUAGGGAAAUAAGAAAUGUUCUCCGACAGGAAUAUGAUGCCUUAGGCUCAGUUACAUUUGCACAAGGUGCAGUUAUAGGCCAUUUCAUAGCAAUGUCCUCUCUCUGGAUCACACGUGACCUUGGUGGUAUUGGUGGCUGGAAAAACCUGUUUCCUGAAAAGUAUAUUUUUAUUCAAACAGAAGCGCCCCUACUUUGCUUUCUGCGACAUGCUAUUGAUAUUGCAGGUGGUAGUGUAAAGAUCCAACCCCUAAUUAAUUGGAAAUCAGCCGAAAAGAACAUAUCUUGGGGCAUUAUUUGGUUAUUCGGAGGUGGAUUUGCGUUAGCCAAAGGAAGUCAGGAAACUGGCUUGUCAGAUUGGAUUGGAGAUAAACUUUCGGUAUUUAGUGGUCUAGAUGUAUGGGUUCUCAACAUAAUCCUAUGCUACAUUGUGACUUCAUUCACGGAGGUGGCCAGCAACAGUGCAACUGCCACGUUAAUGCUGCCAAUUGUGGCACAACUCGGUUUGAAACUAGAAGUGAAUCCACUUUAUUUGGUACUUCCGGUGACGAUAUCAGCCUCAAUUUCAUUUAUGUUACCAGUUGCAACCCCGCCAAAUGCCGUGGUGUUUUCAUACGGUUACAUUAAGGUUAUAGAUAUGAUCAAAACUGGACUUCUGAUGAAUAUCGUCCCUAUUCCGAUCGUCGUCCUCUUGACAGAGUUUCUUGGAAAUAGCAUAUUUAAUCUGAAGACGUUUCCAAUGGAAUUCCGAAAUACGACAGUUUAGGUUGAGUUAAAACAAGGGUCUUCGUCUCUUUGUCAUCGAAAAUAAUAUCUAUGAUAUGAAAUAUAAUAAUUGUACAACAAGGUGUAUCUCUCAUGGUCAAUUCAAUUCUGAUCACCGUAGUGUUUCUCGCAGAAUAUUACCUCGCUCAAUCGAUAUAUUCUCAAACUUUGAAGCAUUACGCCCUGAAACAGAAGCCGUAUCAAAUUACAUAUUGUCUUAAUGAGAAAAAAAAUCAUCACACUUUCACAGCGAUGACAGAAUCUGUAUGACACGUGGCUUUUACAUGUGCUUUGUUGAAUAAAAAUAUAUGCUAGUUAUAUUUCACUGGCUUUCAUUUAAGAUAGGUUUUGCAGUAUGCUGUUUGCACUUUGCAUUAAUAUUUAAC